AUGUAUCUCUCUCAUGGAAUCGAAGUCCACACCGACGACGUCGUCAAGGCUGAAUUCGGAGCGUCGAUCACCAUUCCGUGUUCCUACACACCACGAUCGUCCAGAAGUAACUUUGGCCAAGUGUUGUGGAGAAGGGGUAUAAACACUAUCAUAUAUGUGCACCGUUCUGACCCGGACCAGGAUUCAACGAAAGUGAGUGAUAGGUAUAGCCUCUCCGUGGACUUCGUGUCGAGUGGAAAUUUAACCAUAAACGACGUGGUCAUCGAUGACGAGGGAACAUACACCUGUGCGUCGAAUUUGUCCCCGGCUGACACCUUUCUAUUUAAUCAAUAUUUCCUUUAUUUCGUACAUCCCUCUCUCUCUGUUCAACCUUUUACAGCUCCACGAGAGCUUCUCCUCCGAGGCCAAGCAGCAAACAAUCCCGUCGUCAUCCACCAGAACGCCGUGACGCUCAAACCCGGUGUCGACGUCGAGUUCGAAUGCCAGGCCGUCAGAUCCAGACCGGCUGUGACAAUCAAAUGGUACUACGCCGGUGCUCUCGUUGAGCCUUUGUCGAGCCCGUCACCGAGUUCGGACGACGUUGGAUUCCAGAACACGACGUCGUCAUUCGCCAUCGCUCGUCCUAGUCGGACGGAUCACGGCGAAUCAUUGGUAUGUCAGGCCGUGAUGAUGGAUGGGAGAGUAGUUCGCAUUACAAGUAUUAUCAUUAACGUUGAAGAACCUCCCGAUCAGCCAAUUGACAUCCAUGGACUUGCUUACACUCUGACGUCAUCGACACGUUAUAAACCGUAUUGUAUCGCUGGCAGCAGCUUCCCCUCCUCCGAGAUCACGUGGUCUCUCGAUGAGGAAAACGUGACCGACGACGCCGAGGUGACGACCACGAAUAUGGCGUCGGGAUACGUGAGGGUCAUCAGCGAGUUGAGUUACGUAACCAAAAGAGAGGAUUAUGGGAAGAUAUUGCGAUGCAAAGUUAGUCACGUGGCACUGAGGGAGGAUGUCGUUGCAGAGAAAGCUAUCUGUUUGAUUGACACUGAAAUGAAUUUGUCAUCAGUGGAGGGGGAUCUUUCCGGCUCUCUCUUUCUUGAAGUAAGUGGCAUACCACAUUCGGCCUCGUGUUCUCUCAGUGCAUGUGACAUUGCACAAGAUAACAGCACCACGAGGGACGAAUGCAUUGAAAGAUAUCUCGGUGACACGUACAGCGACUUCGCCGACCACGUGCAUGAAUUCACUGAUCUCGUAGCUUCGACCACCUACGACGUAUCGCUUCGUUGCGUUCAUAGGUUGUGCGGUGAGAGCACGACCGAGACACGAGCUACCGUCCCGAGUACUCCGGAUCGCGGCGGCAAAAAUAUUGACUCCGAAAAUAUGAACUCCGUAUUCAAUGCUGAGCCGAAGUCGUCAACUGAGAACGUGUGGCUUCGUGACCUCAUUUUCGUCAUCAUCGCCGUGAUCGUUGUCAGUGCUUUUGUCAUCGUAGUCACCGUCUCUAUCGUUCUCAGGGCUGUCGUGAAAAGAACAAUUCGAGCAGCUGGUGGCCAAGACAGCAAUCACGUGACACCUAACCGAGUAGGUGAUACCACUACUUCUUUCUCACGUUCCUCAUCUUUAUCAUCUGCCUUGCGAUAUAAUCUCUACACGAUCGAAGAGGGGAACGAAGUCGAUCCUAAGAUCUAUCAGGAAAUCAAAGAAUUUCGGUCCAGUCUCGUCAACCCCUCCGAUAUCAUCGUGUCCAUCAAGCCGAGUGAGGAAGAACGGAAGAGCCUUCGCGAGUCGAUGCGGUCGUCCAUGCGUCAUCCACGACCGCCACCUCUACCACCGCUCACCAACCGCGUUCCGGUUGAUACCGCGGUCGUAUCCGAUUCGACCGAUACAGAGUCGGAUAAGGAGGAUUAUGUACCUAUGUCUCCCGACACGUAUAGCAUUGAUUCCGAGUAUAUGGUUAUGAGCAGCAUUGAUACCAACUAAUAUCAGGGGUUUUAAAGGCAGUAAUUAUCAUGAAAAUACAAUGACAGUCAUUUGCUAAAAAAUCUAUCAAGAAUUUAUAAGGCCUAUGUAGUCUCCAGUAUCAGAUGUUUUAGAUGCAUUUCAGAAAAUGCAAUAUCAAACAUGGUACAACUUUAAGACGACUGCUUUAUUAAUUUAAAAACAAUAAACUUGAAAGCGCACUAAAGGGUUUGUAUUCUAAGACUACAAUCAUCAUGAUUGUGAUCUAAAUGUGUCAUUCUGGUUAAGAAAUUUACGGCAAUUUGAGUCAUUUAGUGCUGGUAUUGAUACUAUUCAGUAUGUAAGAUGACUAUAUUUUGUAUUUUGAAUUUGAAUACGUAGACAUAUAUUUAAGAAGCAUAUAAUGGCACAUCGCAGUGAUAUAUAUUUUAUACACCUAUCACGGGAACAUAUAGGCCUGUAUACGUUAGAAAGUACAAGGUAACUUCGAAGUAAAAGCCUGGAUCACAUUUUCUUAAUGAACUUGUGUACGUACAUGAUUUUUUUGCAUUGUAUUUUUAUCUAUACAUGCUAUAGGAGCAUCCCGCCACAAGCCUCGGCUUUUAGGAUAUUAUAUAUAUACGCCUUCUUCUUCAUACCAAGCAUGUACAUAUUUAUAUUUGUCAUAUUAACAAUUUGACUUUUGUAUGGAUUAGUAUUACGAAAAGUGUUUUGAAAUGGAAGAAAAUAUUUGAAUUGAACUGAAUUGAAUUCCUUGAUUCAUUCUGUAAUUAAAAAAAAUGAAAGAUUCUACAUAUUUUCUGAACUUUUCGAUCAAGUGAAUUUGAAACUUUUCAUUAUUGUACGUAAAUAUAUAACACGUCUUAAGUGCAGGGUAAUUGUUGUUCAUUACGUUCAAUGAAGACUGAUAAGUAAAUAGGCUCUGAUCUUAAGGAAGGGGUUGAAAUAAUCGGUGAAAAUUUCAAAUGUUAUUUGAGUGGAAGCCAAUUAGGGAUUCAUUAAGACUACAGCAUAUUCGAAAUAGAGAUUUAUAUUUUGAGAAAGAAAGACUGUUUGCUGAGAUUUUUUUCAAACGGGUGCUUUUUAGCUUUUUAAACUUUGGUUUUAUAGGCAUAUUGCACAGUUUAGUGCUUGAAUCAUUUAAAGGAAACCAAAACCAAAGAGAAGUA